GAAAAGAAGAUGACAUGCAGCCACUUUGCAUCUCUUCUCUCUGGACUAUUUAUUUAGUACUUUUCCUCUCCAUCUCUCUCUCUUCCUCUGCAUCUUCUCUCUCUAACAAUCCUCCUCGAAUCUCGUCACUACACCUUCGGGUCCUGAAAACCAAAGGAGGACCCAUACACACACUCACACACUCGCACAUAAAUCCCAACUUGUGUUUUAACGAGAGUUACAUAUCUAUCUAUAAAGAUAUAAUCUCUAUAGCAAGAGAGAUUAGAAAGAGAAAGAUGAAUAGAACAUCUCCUAAGUCAUGGAUUCGCUCGUUGUGGUAGAAUUUCAAACACCCUUUUUUGGGUUGGAUUUGGUGGUAAUGUGAUUUGCUUAGUUGGCUGUAAUUAUUCCAUAAUUCUAAAUAUGGAUUUAUCUUUUGAGGGUAUACUUACAUAUGUACGUGUAUAUUACUAGGAAGUGCACUUGACCCAUCAAAAUGUAGUAAGCUAAGCAUGGAUGAAAAGAGAGAACUGGUCUAUCAAUUAUCAAAGUAUGCAGGUGCCUCUGAAAUGCUACAGUCAUGGAGCCGUCAGGAUAUUUUGCAAAUCCUGUGUGUGGAGAUGGGAAAAGAAAGGAAAUACACGGGCUUGACAAAGUUGAAAAUCAUAGAGCAUCUUCUUAAAAUUGUCUCAGAAAAGAAAGCUGGGGAGUGUGAAGUGACAACAGGUGUCGAGACAGAAUCAUCUCCUGCACCUGUCCAGAGAUCUUCCAAAAGGCAGAGGAAAACUGACAACCCAUCACGGUUAACUGUUUCAGUUAACUGUACUGCAGCUAGUAAUGGAGGCAGUGAUUUAGGUAAUACUGUGUAUUGCAAAAACUCAGCUUGCAGAGCUACCUUAAAACAAGGUGAUGCAUUUUGCAAGAGGUGUUCAUGUUGCAUCUGUUACAAGUAUGAUGACAACAAGGAUCCCAGCCUGUGGUUAACUUGCAGCUCAGAGUCUCCUUUUCAGGGUGUUGCAUGUGGCAUGUCAUGCCAUCUUGACUGUGCCUUGAGACAUGAAAGUUCAGCCAUUGGAAAAGAUGGAUAUGAUGGGAGCUUUCGCUGUGUAGCUUGUUGGAAGGUGAAUGAUUUACUUGGAUGCUGGAGAAAACAAUUAAUGAUGGCCAAGGAUACAAGGCGGGUCGACAUAUUAUGCUAUCGUGUGUCCUUGAGUAAAAAACUUCUCAACAAGACUGGAAAGUAUCAAAAACUUUAUAAUAUUGUAGAUGAAGCUGUGAAGAAGCUUGAAGCUGAAGUGGGUCCAUUAACUGGAUUACCUGUAAAGAUGGGUAGGGGUAUUGUCAAUAGACUUUCUUCAGGACCAGAGGUUCAAAAAUUGUGCGCCUUUGCUUUGGAAUCACUGGACAAAAUGCUUUCAAGUACUGUUGCUCAUCCAUUCCCUGAUCCAAUAAUAAGAGAUAUAAAUGCAACAGUUAUGACAAUGGUCAGAUUUGAAGACGUAAAUGCAACUUCACUAAUUGUGGUUUUGGGUUCUGAAGAUCCUUCGCCAAGUGCCAUUGUUGGUUAUACCUUGUGGCAUCGCAAGACUCAGGAUACUGAUUAUCCUACAGAACCAACUUGCACUCUGUUUGUACCAAAUACAAGAUUUGUGGUCACAGGUCUUUCUCCUGCUACGGAAUACCAUUUCAAAGUUGUUUCCUUCAAUGAUGUAAGAAGAGAAACAGGCAUGUUUGAAGUUCAAUGCUGUACCCGGGAUGAAGUCCCAAACUGCUCGGAAAGAAGUCAAAGCCCAGCAACCAAUUGUAGCAGCCUUUCCAAUCCAUCUUCUGUGGAAGAUGAAACUAAUCACAAUGCUCCAUGUGGCAACCACAUUGUUAACCGAGCAGACAAUUAUCAUAAUUACUGCAAGGAUAGUGACAAAAUUGUUUCUGCCAAUGUUUCCAAUGGUGUUAUUAUAAGCAGUGGUAGUGGAGCAAGUGGAGGAACCACAGCAGAUGCAGUUCCUUUGUUAGAUGAGGAACGUGCCAUGCAGGUAGCUACCUUGCUGCCAAGUUCUGAUAUGCAAAAGCUUCAGAACAAGCAUUUGCUGGAGGACCAAAUAGUUGAUGAUAUAAGCACUGAUGAUGGUUCAGGUACGCCUGUUCAAACUGGCUUGGAAUGCGUGCCAUUUGUCGGCAACUCAGAAGCUAGUUUGCCUAUUACUCCCUGCAAACUGGAAAUAGUUAAGGAUGUGCAAGGAAGAAAUGCAAGAUCAAAAUCCAGCAACAAGGAUCUGUCAAAUGGCACUGGGAAAGGGGAAGAGCCACAAGAUGGAAGCACAUCAAGGAAGAGAAGUGGGGAAAGGCGAGAUGAAGAGUGUAUGGCCGAUGGUCAUUCAGACAGGGAUUUUGAGUAUAAUGUGAAGGUUAUCAGAUGGUUAGAAUGUGGGGGACAUAUCGAGAAGAAUUUCCGGCAGAAAUUCUUGACUUGGUAUAGCUUAAGGGCAACCCCACAAGAGAUAAGAGUUGUGAAGGCAUUUGUUGAUACAUUCAUCCAAGAUCCUGCAUCUUUAGCAGAACAGCUUGUGGAUACCUUUUCAGAAUGUAUCUCGAGCAAGAAAUCAUCGGUUGUGCCUUCCGGGUUCUGCAUGAAGCUAUGGCAUUGACAGCCUUUAUGGUUUUGCUACAUGAACCUGCCAUUGGUUUGUAUAGCAAUAAUUCUUUACUCCAUUAGCAUUCAUCAUUUAGACUCAUCAUUUACAUUUAUUAUCAGCUUUUGCCAUUCUUAUGGUGUAAGAAUGUGAGAAUUCAUUCUCUUUUAUAUAUAUAGUGCCCUUUUCAGUCA